CUCCGCGGCUGCCAGCUCCUUCCCCCGCCCGCCCCGCGCGGCCCGCCCCGGAGCGCUGCCGGGAGCUCCCCGGGAGCCUCAGGUACUGGCGCCGGCCUGGUUCCUGACAGAGUGUCUGGCAUUAGGAAGAAAGGAAACGGAGGUUGUGUGAAUAACACCUCCAGGCUGUGUCCAUCCCGGUCACUUUAUUAUCGUGAACCCGCACGGAGCAAGACUGCUGAUGAAAGAUGAGGAAGAGGACUGAGAAAGGGGAAUGGAGGCUGGGAAAAGGGAACCUUCUGCCUAGAUUCAAGCUUCUUGUGAAAUGAAAUACAUAGAUUUUUUUUGGUGGUGGUUUUGCAACUAGGGUUUGUUAAAAAAAAAAAAAAAACAAACAGCACAGCUUGGAUUGAAUAGGUUACAAGUUUAUUAUGUAUAGUUACUUAGAGAAUACACCACUUUUUCAAAAAAAAUCUACAUGAAAUUAGAAAGAUCUGAUGAGGGCAUAAUUGGGUGAUGUGACCUUUUAGAAGUGAUUUGGGUAUUGGUUUCCCAACCUCAAUGUCGGAAUGCAUCAUGAAGGCUCUUGUUUCAUAUAUACCUAGACACAGGCAUCUGAAUUCUAUUGAAAGAUAAGCCGAGGGAUAUUAAAUUUUUUUUUAGUUUAUCUGAGCAAAAAUUGACUAUUCAGAUGGCAUCCAGUUUCUAGCAGCUGGAAAGGAGCUGGAAGGAGUUGUACAAAAUCAAAGGCUUUUAUAGCCAAAAGGGAGCAGAAAGAAGAAAGUUAAAGUAGGCAAAAAACGUUUGGUUAUUACAGGGCUACUUUUCUUUAGGGGAUGGCAGAGAUUUAUCAGCCAGAUAACCUAACUGGCUCAUCAAGCUCUUCCUUAUUGACAUCUCUGGGAGAGGUGGUGAAUACGUGUUCUACUGAGAAGUUAUUUCGUGAGUGAAAAAUAUGCCUCCCAAAUUCAAGCGUCACCUAAAUGAUGAUGAUGUUACUGGUUCUGUGAAAAGUGAAAGGAGAAAUCUUUUGGAAGAUGAUUCAGAUGAAGAAGAAGAUUUUUUUCUAAGGGGGCCAUCUGGACCAAGAUUUGGACCUAGAAAUGAUAAAAUUAAGCAUGUUCAGAAUCAGGUGGAUGAAGUUAUUGAUGUCAUGCAAGAAAAUAUUACAAAGGUAAUUGAAAGAGGGGAGAGACUAGAUGAACUACAGGACAAAUCAGAAAGCUUAUUGGAUAAUGCAACUGCUUUUAGCAAAAGAUCCAAACAACUUCGAAGGCAAAUGUGGUGGCGUGGAUGCAAAAUAAAAGCCAUCAUGGCUUUGGUUGCUGUUAUCCUUUUGGUAGUGAUUAUCGUUCAUUCGGCUCAGAUCAUCCUGCAUUUGAAACAUGAAGUUUUACCACCAUCAAAACUAUUAUUUAACAACAAUGAAGAUCAACAGAAAAAUUCAAGUAGCCUUGUAAAUAUUAGUUGAUACCCAAUGAAAUCAGGUUGCUAUUUUUAUUUAUAAUGCCUGAAAUAUACCCUCGUGAUUCAUGUUUAAUUACAGAAGCCUGCUGCCUUGCAGCAAUUUUGUGAUAAAACUGAUUAGUUAACCCCUUCUGAUCAUAACCCAGUAAUACAUGUGACCUUUGUCUCUUGUCCUGAGAAAACUCACUGUAAACUGUCCCUAGUUUUAUGAACUUUGAUAUUUCUUAACUAAAGGAAAGUUCAUUAUUGAAAAUGGACAUUAUCUAAAAUGGAGGAAGGAUCAUUUGUUCACAUCAGAUACAGAAAUACCCUGUUAGCUUUCUUGUAGAUCGCUUAUAUUGUCUUUCUGUGCACUAACUCUGCUUUAAAAAUUAACUUCAGCAUCUGUGUUAGCAAAAAUCGGCAUCUCUCAAUUCUGUGUAGCCUGUAUCUUAAAUGAUGAUACAUGUACACACUGAGGAAGGUUAAGAACAAAAAGAAAUUGAAAUUCUCAUGGUCAGUACACUCAAACAUGCUUGGUGCCCUAUCACCAUUGUUACCCACCUGGUUUCUGUAUCUACAUCUGUAUAUACACUGAUUAAAAUAUACAAGGAUUGUCUUUUCAUGUUGAGAAUGAAUGCCAUUAGGUGGCCUUAAUUGUAUGGAGGCAGAGUGUCAUUAAGACUAAUGAGGCAAAACAAUGUCCUAAGUGUUUUUCACAUGGAAACAUGAUUGAAAUCUGUUUUUCUAUAAGUGGGGCGCAGUAGCAUGAAUCAGCUGGAAAGCACUUAAACAUUUGUUUUAGAGUGCAGUGCAGGGCUUCUAUUUGUGCAGGAAAUUGCCACCUGCAGGUCACAGGAGUUGAAAGUGCCCUACUUCUUGAUCACUCUUCUUCCCCCCCGUAUUCUGGACAAUUUGCUUAGCCUGAUGUCAGGAUUGGGUCUUUACAUUUGAUGGUGGUCUUGCUCUUUCUGGAAAUCAAGUAGAAUAAGGGAUGGGAAAUACAAACUCUUACCCCAGCUCCUGUUUUAUUCUAAGAAGCUGCUUGGAACAAGUCAGUAAGAAUUGAAAGGAAAUCAUCACUGACCCAACUAAAGGGGAUAAAUGGGAAAACACAAAGUACACCAUAAAUUUCUGUCUCCAUGGCACCUAACAGUGUUGUGUCCCUGACAGUUGCGUAUGCCCAGGAAUCACAGACACAGUGUGCUAUAUAAUAUAGUACGUAAGUGAGAGUUGACUUCCAUAUCCCUCACUGAAGAGAUGACAUGAUUGACAAGGCAGUGGGAUCUCUGGCCUUUACCAGGAAAUAGUAGUGUUCUCUUAGAAUAACUGGGUAUAGGAGUCCUGAUUUUCCAGUAUUUCAUUAGGUUUUCAUUUAAAGAGGUCUUGAAAUUAAAUGAAAUCAUCUUAAAUAUUUUAAGGCUUUAAAGGGAUUUCAGUUAGUAAAAUGUCAGAAAUCAAACUAAAAAAAAAAAUCAAGGACUUUAUUUUAUGCCUUGGGUGUGUGUCAUUUUAAAUUUUCACACUCCUUUAACCAUUUUGAUUUAAGUGCCUUUGGUGUUUUAAGAUACAAGGUGGGAGAGGAGCAAAUGUAAAUGCCAUGCUCUGUUCUUUAGCUUCUCAGUCCUUUGAACUAUUUUCACCAGUGCUUGAAAGUUAGUCCUUUGUGUUCUUACCAGAUUUGUAUUUGUAGCUACAUCAUAGUAAGCAGUAAAAUAAACUAUUUCAUAGAAAACAAAAUUAAGCACUUUGGCUUAUAAUUUACUAUGCGUUACCUGUUGCCUUAACUUCAAAGUUUAGCUUGUUUAAAAUAUCUGGCUAAUCAUCUGAUUUAAUCCAGACCAGUUUUCUAAUAAAGUAUAGAAAGGGAAAAGAAAAAGUGUCCUACUACCAAAAACUAUGUCCAGUGCACAGCCUAUUGGCAAAAUUUAGGAGGAAUUUCUCAGUAUAAAAAUCAGUGUAUCUCUUGGGCCUCCAUACUGGCGCAAGGGCUUGAGCGCCGCACUAUGAAGCAAUCCACAGCCACUGCAGCACAAGUUUGAUCCCCGGCCAGCCAGAGAGAAACCCACAUGGCGCAGCAGACCUCUCCUGACUCGCCCGCUGCUCCCCUCAGCAGUGUAUUUCAGUCAGUCUGCCUGUUCUGUUCCCCACUCUGUCUCUGGUGGAUCUUCUCACCCCGCAUCUCUGGCCUGUAC